AUGAAUCAUAGGGCGUUUGAGAGCUUGGUUGAAGACCCUUCGGAUGUACCCAGAUUAGCGGCUGAACUUUGUAGGCAGAGUCAAGAGGCAGUAUCUUUGCAUCGUUCUAUUCCAUCGUCUGAAUCCGCUGAUAUAUGGUGUCCACCGAUGUCAG